ACAUAAACAUAUUGCUCUGUGUGAGACCUGGUCCUUGAAGUCAAUACUUCUGCCUCCAGGCUUUUAGAGCACCUUCCAGUCAAUAUGCUUUCACGGAUCUCCGCUGGGUAACAGACAGCAACGAGAACUAUUUUUAAAUCAGCAAGGUUUUUUAGUAUGCCAUAUCAUAAACCUGAAUCAUUUAUAUGGAUUUUUUCGGACCGGCUCUUGCGUGUGCUGUGUGAUGACGCGGUGGUCAGGUGUUGCCUCAUAUAACGGGGGGAGCUGUCCAAGUGCUGAAAACAGAAGAGAACGAGACCGCUACAGAGGAGAUGAUAAACACCUUCACUGCUGUCUGAGCUUUACUGCCAAAGGUAAAACAUAGCCUAUAAUGCUGCAUUUCCACCACAAGUUGCCCGCGGGGGGAGCCCUGGUCCUGCUCGCCUUCCUUCUCCAUGGAUGCUCCGUGCAGGCUGCGUCUCUCCCCCGCCGCUACAGGCUCCGAGGCGGGGAGACUGAGGGGCAGCCGGCUGCCUACCCAUCCAGCUCCGACAUGAUGAAAGCCCUGGAGUACAUUGAAAAUCUGAAGCAGCGGAACGGGGGCCGACCUGAACCCGCGGAUUACGACGAAGUAGAAAAGUUCAGGGUCCUGCUCCAGCUCGCGUCGCAGCAGGACGAGGCUCCCGGGGACCGCCAGCCUGCCCCCGCCGUGGUGCAGCAGAGGCAGGAUAUUACUGCUGAGCAGCUGAUGAAAGCCCUGCUCAGGUCUCUGCAAGAUCAGGCCGGGAGAGAUGCAAAAGUCAGUCCAGCUUCAGCGCCCAGGAAUGACAGACGCACGCACAGGCAUCGCACCAAAGACACGGAAGUCCCCGAGAGCGCACCGGCUGAGUACGGCAACUUCCCCAGACCCCAUAAGAAGUAUCCGCUCAUGUUUGAGGACGAGGAGAACACCGACGCCAAGAGGGCUACAGAGGACCUGGAUGAGCAGUACACACCCCAGAGCCUCGCCAAUUUGCGCUCAAUCUUUGAGGAGCUCGGGAGGAUGCCCUCAGUGGGUGGCCAGAAAAGAGAUGUGUUCGGGGACGAAGAUGAAGAUGAAGAAGAGGGAAUCAGCCUGAGGAACCAGGCCUAUGAGGAUGUUGCCGGGGGAGAGGAGUGGGUCCCCGUGGAGGAGAGAGAGGAGACAGAGGAGAUGGAGAAUGGAAGCCACGAAGAGAUGGACAGGGCGCUUGGAGAGCAGGAGGAGGCAGAAAGGGAGGAGAUGCAGCGCAGGGCAAGCCAGGACCAGGAGGAGGCGGAUGACGACACCAAGCUCGUGGACUACUACCUGUUGAAGGUCUUGGAAAUGAGCGACCAGACCCAGAAGAGGGACAAGACCGGAGAGCAGAGGAAGAGACUCAUCCGCCCCUCCAUUGUUGAUCCCCGGACCCUGAAAGAUUUGCUGGAGCUCUCCUUGAAGCUACACGUGCCCCCGCAGGACCUCAUCGAUAUGCUGCUCACCCAAGAGCUCAGAAAGCUUCACCGCGACCCCCACGCACCGACUCGCUACGCCACCGGCCAGACCCCAAAGAUCCGGUACUACAGCCGCAGACUGCCGGUGAAGAGCAAGCCCGCCAAUGAGGACAUGGACAGAGAAGACUUUCUGGAUAUCAUCGGAGUGGAAACGAUCAGUAACGAGUAUCCUGUGGUGCAGAGACCCCUGAAGACCCCCGCGGAUAGGAUCCCGGCGGCGUCAAUCCCAGCUGCAAAUUCUGGUCCGAUUAAAAUCCCUCCUCCAUCCGGACGCAGGGAGAACCUCUUUUUAUCCGAGCUCAACAAGAUGCCCCUGAAGCGCCAGGCUGCUGCUGCUGCUGCUGAUGAUGACGACGAGGAUGGAGAUGUAGAAGACGAAGUGACCACCUACCUGGCAGCGAAAAUCCUCACAGAGUACCCAAACCCAAUCGCUAAGCGGGACACGCAGGCACAGCUGAAAGGCCAGUUCCCUUACGAGCUGUAUGAGCGGGCCCUGAAGGACUACUUGGGGCAAGCAGAUGCUGAGAAGAGGCCGGUAGCCAAGAGGGAGACCGAGGUGGCCACGGAGGAGAAUGUAAACCCCACCGAGAUGCAGGGGAAAGAGGAGGUAACAGCCAAGACGUCCGCUCCACAGACCAUAAAUGAAGAGGAGGAGGAAGGGAAGGAGCACCGCGAGAAAACAGUGGCUGGGAUGUAGCCUUGCAAGACGCAGGAAAAAUCAGAAUAUAGUGUUUAUACUGUCUCAAAAAUAAAGUUUGGUGGACGUGAUCUAGUUUACAAAUUUCUAUCAUAGAAUUAUAGCUUAUACAAAUGUCAUCCUUAUGAAAAUGAACACUUAAAAAGUCCCUACUUGCUGCAAGAACAUUAUAGAAAUAUUAAAGGUGCAAUCAAUAAAGAAAAAGACAUCCUCAGAACACUUUGAUUGGAUGUUAACUUGUCUUUGUCAUCAAAUUGCCUAUGAAUGCAUUGAUUAAAUCACAAUCUCACAAUGGAAACCGAAGUUAUUAAAGUUUUGUGAUGAUGUUACAGGUUUGUUUACAUUAAUGUUGUUUGUAAACAGCAGAAACGGGCCUAUAUUUUCAACUAUAAUCACCUGAGUAUUGGCAUACCAUUUAUUUUCAUCUAACUAUUUAAUGACAUACGUGAUUAUAUCUGUUGAGUAUAAUGCAGACUGGGCCUGUAAACUCAAGUAUACAGUAUGACAGGAGAAGUACAGGGGCAUUGUGGGAGUUGUCGUUACAGCAGAGAACGAAUGUUGUUGUGGCUCUUGGUAUAUUCAGGGUUAGUGGAUUUAAUGUUAUUAUUAUGGAUAAUUAUUUCCAAGUCUAAAUAGCAGACCGUUGCCUGCCUUCCAACCCUUUCAUACUGCAAAGCUCUGUAUCGUUGGCCUACCAGUGGUUGUGCUAUGUAUGCUCAUUUUUAAACCAUUUUGUACAUGUUCAAUAAUGUGUGAUAAAUCACAGAGGAAUAAAGCAUCAGCUGUAUUAUUUUUCUUCUUGC